AUGGACGCGUUUGAGCACGAAAACCGAUACGUGCAUGCCGUUUACGAGGCUAUCGGAGACCAUUUCAGUGCCACUCGAUAUCGCACAUGGCCAAGAGUUCAAGCGUUUCUGGAACAACUCGCACAUGAGGCGCUCGUCCUGGACAGUGGUGCCGGCAAUGGCAAGUAUGCGCUGCCUGUUCUGCGCCAACACGGUUACUACAUCGCUGCGGAUCGUUGCCGUAGACUCCUGCUCCGCGCUCGUUGGCAGUCUGAUGCUUUGGAGGCUCAAGAGACGGCGCUGCUACCCGUUGAAUGCGUACAAGCGGAUUGCCUAUUUUUGCCGUUCCGCUCUGGGGUGUUCGAUGUUGCCCUGAGCAUUGCGGUGAUCCACCAUGUGGCAACGGCACGACGCCGCGUUGGUGCUGUGGUGGAGCUGGGGCGAGUACUUCGCCCUACUGGGCAUGCCCUGGUGUACGUCUGGGCUUUGAGAGCGAUACCGCUGAAGCUACGAUCACGUGCACAAUCAACCAUGGACGGGUACCUGCUACCGUGGCAUCACAAGCGGUCAACAGGCGCCGACGCUUUACCACAGAAAAAAUCGGACAGUCCAUCUCAAACAUACUUCCGGUUCUAUCAUCUAUUCGAGGAAGAUGAGCUGCGCAUGCUCGUUGAAGAGGCCAACGCAGUCUCCAAGGAGGGCGCAGCGACCACAUGGACGCUGCGGAUCACAGGGGAAACCUUUGAUCAUCAGAACUAUGUCGUUGAAUUUCAGAGACAGAACAUUCACGCGUUAUUGGAAGAUGCCGCGGAUAACAUCCUGCAUCCCAGCAUCUGA